AUGUCGAUCAUGAACAGCUUCAUUAAUGAUAUGUUCGACCGCCUGGCCACUGAGGCCAUUAAGCUCAUCCGUUACAGUAAGAAGAAGACGCUGACUAGCAGGGAAAUCCAAACUGCCCUGAGGUUGCUCUUGCCUGGUGAGCUCUCUAAGCAUGCCGUUUCCGAGGGUACGAAGGCUGUUACUAAGUAA